UGCCAGGCACGCGCCUGAAUCGACUUCUUAUUGCCAUUGACAAUCGCAUUUGCGCCCGCCUGUCUUGUCAGCACUCAUUUGUAUCAUUUCGCAUGAUUUAUUCGCCCCAGAUCGCGGCGUCAUGAUGUCUUCCACCAACGAAGAGGACCCGUUCCUUCAAGUCCAACAGGACGUCCUCAGCCAGCUGUCCUCAACUCGCUCCCUCUUCACUUCCUAUUUGCGUAUCCGCUCGCUCACGACAUCAUCCACCUCGCCCGAACUUGCCUCCGCCAAGUCCGACCUGGAAGCGGCGCUGGAGACGCUCGCAGAGGACCUCGAAGAUCUCCAAGCCGCCGUACAAGCUGUCGAAUCGAAUCCGUCACAGUUCGGGCUUUCACAAGAUGAAGUCACGCGGAGGAAACGGUUCGUGGGCGAAGUCGGCGGGGAGAUUGACGACAUGAAAGAGGAGGCGAAGAAGACGGCCACAGGCGGCAAGGCAGCUGGCGACCUGCCCGACCCGAAUUCAUUCGCGAUACAAGAGGGCGACGACGGGUACGAGGAGUUUGAGCAACAGCAGCAGGUGCAGAUGAUGCGCGACCAGGAUGAACAGCUCGAUGGCGUAUCGACCACCGUGGGCAACCUACGGCGCCAAGCGGACGACAUGGGCCGCGAGCUGGAAGAGCAGCGGCAGAUCCUCGAGGUGGUGGACGACGCGGCCGAGAGAGUGGGCGGACGGCUGUCGUCGGGGAUGCAGAAACUGAACCACAUUGUGAGGCAGAACGAGGACCGGUGGAGUAGCUGCUGUAUUGGUGUGCUCAUAUUUGCCUUGAUUCUGCUGCUGGUUCUGCUCUUGAUUUUGUAACUUGGACGACAUUUCGAUAUCGCGCAUGGGAAAGCAAUAGGCGUUGAAGGCUCUCGGUGUUCAAGGUUGUAGAUACUAGGCAUUCGCCGAUGCUCAAAGUCAAGUCACAGACUGGCAUUACGUUAGACAUGGUGAUGCGCAUUGCGAAUGGAUUUCGCAGGCAGGAAGGGGGUGACCCAGAAAAUCAUAUACAUGCUUGUCCGAUCUAUAAUAAAUCACUGGAGGACAA